AUGUAUUGCAAGUCUUCGCCAAGUCUCCGCCGAGCCUUCGCCGAGGCUUUGCCGAGUCUUUGCCGAGGCUUUGCCGAGCCUUUGCCGAGGCUUUGCCGAGCCUUCGCCGAGCUUUGCCGAGGCUUCGCCGAGUCUCCGCCGAGCCUUCGCCGAGGCUUUGCCGAGCCUUCGCUGAAGCUUGCCGAGGCUUCGCCGAGUCUCCGCCGAGUCUCCGCCGAGUCUCCGCCGAGUCUCCGCCGAGGCUUCGCCGAGGUUUUGCCGAGCCUUCGCCGUGGCUUUGCCGAGCCUUCGCUGAAGCUUUGCCGAGGCUUCGCCGAGGCUUCGCCAAGGCUUCGCCGAGGCUUCGCCGAGGCUUGGCCGAGGCUUCGCCGAGGCUUGGCCGAGGCUUCGCCGAGGCUUGGCCGAGGCUUCGCCGAGGCUUUGCCGAGCCUUUGCCGAGGCUUUGCCGAGCCUUUGCCGAGGCUUUGCCGAGCCUUUGCCGAGGCUUUGCCGAGCCUUUGCCGAGGCUUUGCCGAGCCUUUGCCGAGGCUUUGCCGAGCCUUUGCCGAGGCUUUGCCGAGCCUUCGCCGAGCUUUGCCGAGGCUUCGCCGAGUCUCCGCCGAGCCUUCGCUGAAGCUUGCCGAGGCUUCGCCGAGUCUCCGCCGAGUCUCCGCCGAGUCUCCGCCGAGUCUCCGCCGAGGCUUCGCCGAGGUUUUGCCGAGCCUUCGCCGUGGCUUUGCCGAGCCUUCGCUGAAGCUUUGCCGAGGCUUCGCCGAGUCUCCGCCGAGGCUUCGCCGAGGCUUCGCCGAGGCUUCGCCGAGGCUUUGCCGAGGCUUCGCCGAGGCUUGA